AUGACCGACGAGAGCCUCAUCACAAUCACAUACCAAGGCCGAAUCGCCAUCAUCACUCUGAACCGACCCCAGAAACUCAAUGCCCUGGACCAAGACCUCUACUACCUACUGGGCGAACGGCUCCGCGAAGCCGACGCAAACAAGGACACCUACAUCACGAUCCUGACCGGCAAGGGACGAUUCUUCUCCGCGGGCGCCGACGUAACCAUCACCCGCCCCAACGGCGGCAGCCUGAACAGCAGCGCGCGCCGCGACCUCCUACGAGGGUUCGUGGCCAACAACCUAGACAUCACGCGGACGUUCGCGCACCACCGGAAGAUCCUGAUCGUGGCGCUUAACGGGCCAGCCGUGGGGCUGUCGGCGGCCCUGAUCGCGCAGGCGGACUUCAUCUACGCAGCGCCGCACUCCUUCCUGCUGACGCCGUUCUCCUCGCUGGGGCUGGUGGCCGAGGGCGGGGCGUCGCACGCCUUCGUCGAGCGGCUGGGCAUCGCCCGGGCCAACGAGGCGCUGCUGAUGAGCCGGCGCAUCCCGUGCGAGGCGCUGGUCGCGGCCGGGUUCGUCAACGCCGUGGUGACCCCGGAGUCCGGGCGCGCGGACGACUCCGAUGGGUUUUUGGUGAAGGUGCUCGCCGAGGUGGAGGAGCGAUUGGGCACGCAUUUGAAUCAGGAGAGUCUAUUGCGGAUCAAGGAGUUGGUAAGGCGGCCCGGGAGAGAGGUGCUUGAUCGGCAGAAUGGGUUGGAGGUGUUUGCUGGGUUGGAGCGGUUUCUCAGUGGGGUGCCGCAGGAGGAGUUUCGGAAGUUGGCCUCGGGGGAGAAGAAGCAUAAAUUGUAG